UCUUCAAUUUCUUUGGUCACACCGGUUGUCAAGCGAAAUAUAUUGCAAUUUCGCUACUUCCUAUAUUACAUUUUUUAACAAAUAAACUGAAGAAAGACGAUCGGGCGGUUUUGGCAAACAGUUCUGUGUGACUGUGUGAUAUCACCAUCAAUAUCAAUAUCAAAUAAUUAAAGAAUUGUGUUAGCGGCGCAAAGGGAAUCGGUGGCAGCUUCCGCUAAAUCUCCCCUUAACAACAUGUUUAGAAUAUUUUGAUGUCUUAUUUGCUAUGUCCAAGCGCGGCAAUAUUACCUACGUAAAACCACAGGAACCCAGUUUCUUGGCCAAGUUGAAGGCGGAAAUUGGCUACAAAGAGGGACCAACUGUCGACACCAAGCGCCAGCGCUUGGAAGAGGACCCGGACCGGGAGGAUUACGAUUCCGACGAGGACGAACAGCGACCGGAGCGCGAGGACGAGCAGCCGCAGGUGGUGGUCCUCAGGCCCGGAGAUCUAUCCGCCGAAGAAGCCGCCAAAGAACUUGCCGAGAAACGAGCGGAUCUGACUAAACCGAUUGUCUUCAAGCAGCGUGUCAAGCAGCCCAACAUUGAGGCCAAUAAAUCCGAAUCUAAAACCAGCAAAAAGUCCGGAGCUACAUCGGAGAAUUCCGGGAAGAAAUCAAAGAGCAAAAAAUCCAAGUCCGCAGCCGCAACCAGUAAGCUCUCCUUCAACGAGGACGAAGAGGACGAGGCAGGAGAGGAUUAGAGAUUGGAGCUAGUAAUCCAUCUUCAGAUUCCAGCUUCCCAAGUCAAACCUUCGGCGAAUGAUUAAG